CCCAAAACCAACGGACGGGCGGGUGAGGAAAAGAAAGAAAACAGAGGGAAACCCAAUGAAGGAAGAUCAGAGCAAAAUUGGAAGGAAAAUAAAUUCAAAUGCAUGCAUUUUUUGACUCCACAGUCCACGCUCUUUUUCUCUCUCCCUUUAGUUAAACACUUUAAAGACGCCAUUUCAGAGCUUCAAGGGCUUGAAUAAGAAGAAGCUAUGGCGUCUGAGAGAAGUACUGAAACCACGAAGACUCUGUUGCCAGUGCUUCAGAAGCAAGGAGAAGAAGACGAUGAUCAUGGCCGCAGCAAAGCUGGAUCCGCCAUGUCUAAAACAGGAGCUUAUGCCGCCAUUUCUUAUAUGGCUUCUGCUGUUCUGUUGCUAAUGUUCAACAAAGCAGCUCUUUCUUCUUACAAAUUUCCAUGUGCCAAUGUCAUCACUCUUUUCCAGAUUAUAUGUUCAUCCACACUUCUCUAUGCACUACGGCAUUGGAAGAUCAUCUCUUUCACAGUGGGUGAAUCUCAAAGCAUCAGUUCUUCUGGAAAGUCAAUAAUCCUCAUACCUUAUAAAACUUUGGUCCAAACACUUCCCCUAGCCCUAUCAUAUUUACUUUACAUGCUUGUGACUAUGGAAUCGGUUCGUGGGAUCAAUGUUCCAAUGUAUACAACAUUGAGAAGAACUACUGUAGCAUUUACAAUGAUUGCUGAGUAUUUGUUGGCAGGCCAGACUCAUUCACCUUUUGUUGUUGGCAGUGUGGGGAUGAUUAUACUUGGUGCAGUUGUAGCUGGAGCCAGAGAUUUGUCCUUUGACAUCUACUCCUAUGCUGUGGUCUUCAUUGCAAAUUUAUGUACCGCUAUAUAUCUCGCUUCUAUUGCUCGUAUCGGGAAAUCUAGUGGUUUGAAUACCUUUGGCCUCAUGUGGUGCAAUGGGUUAAUAUGUGGACCUUUCUUGCUAUUUUGGAUCAUACUGCGAGGCGACAUCGACACGACAUUAAAUUUUCCUGACCUGUUUUCCUUUGGCUUCCAGUGUGUGAUGAUUCUCUCCUGUAUAAUGGCUUUCUUGAUCAACUACUUUGUGUUUUUAAAUACAACUCUCAAUUCAGCUUUGACACAAACAGUAUGUGGUAAUUUGAAGGACGUUUUCAGCAUUGCGAUAGGCUGGUUUCUGUUCGGAGGACUUCCCUAUGAUUUCCUUAAUGUUGUUGGGCAGUCACUUGGAUUUCUGGGAUCUUGCUUAUAUGCCUAUUGCAAGCUCCAUGGGAAAUAAGAUAUCAAGAUGGAGCUGCCUUCUAUGUCUUGGAGUCAUUUCUUAUACACAAAAGAAUUAAACAAGUUAAUUUUGUGCUGACUUAUACUCGCUUGUCAGCUGCCAAAUUUUGAUGCAAUCCAAAUUGUUGUGAAAGGGAAGAAAAAUAAAAGGAAAAAGUUGUAGAAUCACUUACUUUUGGGCAUUGUUAUGUAGAGAAUAUGAAGUUUCGUUCUCUCAUCUAUAUAAUUUAAGUGAAUCUCUCUCUA